AUGGAAACCUUAUGUGUCAAAUUUUCAUCUUCUUCAGAUACUUCAAGCAUCUCAGCCACCUCAGAGGAUGACACUCAAACCAGUACCGGCAAUGGCGAAAACACCACGACGACCGCCGCCAAAUUGAAAGAGAAAGUGUUCCUUAAUGUUGAACGUUCUCAAGAACAAUCAUUGAACCAGCCAAAUUCGGGGUUUCGUCUCCCACCGAGCGAAAUGUUUCCUGACGACAAAUCGGUUGAACUGAAGCUCUCAUCGUCGAAAGCUAGGGCUUUCACGUGUGGUUUUUGCAGCAAAGAGUUCUCGACGUCUCAGGCACUGGGAGGGCAUCAAAACGCGCAUAAACAAGAACGCGCGAUCGCCAAGCGGCGUAAAGAGACGGGUUUUGGGAUUUGGGGGCAUCACCAAUAUCCUUAUUACUCGUAUUCCAGCCUGUCUCAGGGCUCUUUGUAUGGAUCUUUUAAUAGGUCUCUUGGGAUACGAAUGGAUUCGUCUUCUUCUUCGAUGAUUCAAAAGCCUGCAACAAUUCCGGGUUAUCAUUGGAACUCACUCGGCUAUCGUUUCGGCCAUGGCAGCAUCGUGAUGGAUAGUUUCCAGGCUCAGAAGAACAGCGUUUUGUCGACUAGUUCAUCAAUGUCUGCAACUCCAGUUUCGAUUGUUGCAGCAGCAAAUAAGAUGUCGAUGACUAGGACUAGCAGUGAUGAUUCUCAUGUAUCAAAAAGUAACGUGGAUGAUGAUUCAGAGCUCGAUUUGACUCUUAAGCUUUGA